CUUCUCCGAGAAACUUGCACAACUCACAAUUUUCGGAUGGUGCCGUGAUGCCGCGAUGGCGUCUGUAGCGUCUGUGGCGUUUACAGGCGCGAACCGCAUCCACAAGCUGCGGCUUGACCGCCUGUCAGCUCAGCAGUCAACCACUGGGCAGUUACCCCUGAAACUUUCUUUAUUGAACUCGAACGUGGAAACAUCCACUAAGCUCUAGACUUCGUCGAACACCAAUAUUAUCAAUAAGUCCUCGGUCCGAUCAAUCUUUAACUUAGGUAACCUUCUUAUCAAUCGAGUCUAGACAGGCGAACUCGCUUCCAGAAAUUCUUGUCAGCACUUACUAGGUACCAACCUACCGUUACGAACCGCCUUAGGUAAUCGACUAGAUCCCGAGUCAUCUCUACCUAUCAGAUACUUCACAUCCAACCGUAAAGGAAAGAUGGGAAGUGUCAGUGACUUGCCUUUCUGGCAAGUCAACAUUCCCGAAAACGAGAGGACAGAGGAAUGCCCUGAAUUUCUCAACCAACUGAGCCCUAAGGAUAUCGGCAUCAUCGGCACGCCCGACUUCCUCUACCACAGAUCCACGUGGUCCGAAGUGCAGAGCAUCGUGGCAGAGAACCGGCUAGAUGCGUUCCGCCGGGUGCCAUCCGACCUGAGGCGCUAUCUUGAGUACACCUGGACUCUAAAGCGGGACCACGGAAGCGUCAUGAAUUUCGUCUUAAGUCAGCGGCUGCACUGGGAGGCUCCCGUGGCGCCCCGGGGCAACCCGUUUGAAUUUGACGACGACGUGAAGAUACUCUGGAAUGAUUGGCCGUAUGGUAUCGAUGAAAGGAUAGUGCAUCUCGUGGUCUGGACCAAGUUCGAUCUAGCUGAAGAUCCCGUCACGACGGACCUUACAGACGAGGCGAGGGCCGCGAUUGAUGGGUACGUGCAGAAGAAAUUUGGGUCUAGGGUGGCGAGGGAUCGCUACAUCUGGUUCAAGAAUUGGAGAUCGUUGAAAUCCGUCCAUGCCGUAGAGCAUUUCCACGUCAUGCUUUUCGACCCGGAUCCUAAAUUCAUUGAUGAGAUCACUAACGGUGACAUUCCAUCUUGUCGCAAGGUUUGACCUGUCAUUAUGAUAGAAUUAGACGAUGCAUGGCCACGAGUAUGUGUACGUAUAGUAUACAUUCAUCGGAUUCAAUAUGAGACUGUAACCACGAGGCAUGACAAUAAUGAAAGAAUACAGGCAUAGAACAAGAUGUUUCGUAGUGGAAAAAUAGGUACAAAU